GCCCUACCUCUGUCGCUCCGUCGCGCCUCGCCCUCGCCCUCGCUCUCGCCUCUCGCUGCUCCUUCACUCGCUGCCUCUCUCUCCUCUCGCUGCUCCGUCGCCCUUCGCCCUUGCCUUCUCGCUCGCGCCCUCGCUCUCUCGCCUCUCGUCUCUCGGUCAGCGGUCGCUCGUCGUCCUCGCCGGCUCGCCUCGCCCUCGUGGCCGGUCUGGUGGUGGCUCGCUGCUCGGUCGCCCGCCCUCGUGGCCGGUGGCUCGCUGCCACUUGCUCCGUCGCUCGCUCUCGCUCUCGCUGGUGGCUCGCUGCCUCUCGAUUGGUGAUUGGCUCAUCAGAUUCAGUCUUUCAGAUCUGCUUCAACUUUCAGCGGCAAUGGAGGGGAUGGUGAAGAAAUAUCAGCAAAAAUUUAGGAAAGUAAAAGAAGAAAUGAGUCAUUGGGAUGAACUUCAGUCUAAGUUGCUUUCCCAGUUUCGUAACGCAUCUUCCAUUAUUGAGAGGUUGCAGGUUAUCCAAAACCCCAAUAAUUAUGGCGUCUUAAAUUGUAUUGGUGGCAUUGAAGAUGUUGUCUUAAGAAAACAGAUGGAAACCCUGGAAACUAUCUUGCUUUCAAUGAAUAAGACUUUGGGAGAGUUUCAUGGUAUUGUUUUCUCACUUGAGAAAAUUCUUCAAGAUAGUCGGCAGCUAGUUAAAGGGGGAUCUACCCAAGUGACCCCAAAACAGCUACAUCAACAAAUUGGUAUAAAACCAUGUCUUGCGGAUUGUUUGGAUGGCCUGAGGCUUCUUUACGAGAUGCACCAAUCAGAGUACUUGCUUAAAUCAUCAAUCAUAUCAACGCUUUCGCUGGUUGCCUUGAAGCCGAGUAUUGGUGGUCUAGGUGCUCUGCUGCAACUCUUGGUCGAUCAACCUAACAUUCACAAAGAGGAAGUGCAGUUCAUAUUUGACAUUGUGUUUGCUGAAGAAAUAUGUUGAUGGGCCAUGCGUAUGAUGAUCUCAAAUCUUGAUAAUUGGCUAUACAGUAUAGUUGCAUCAAGUUUGCUUCAGGAAGUAAAUCUCUGUGUUGUACAAGUGACAAAAUCUACAGCUGACUUUUCAAUUGGCUCAGAUGUGUUUGGCGAGAAGUUUCUAGAAAAAUGUUUCUUUCAAUCAGAAGGAUACAUACAUAUGCAUUCAUGCACAAUCCAUCCUCUUAUAACUUGAUAUAUAUGUCCAUCCAGAGAACGCAAAUACUUUGGGUCGGGUUUGAUGCA